CAACGCAACACAAAUUCAGUCUAGGAUUCUUCUCUCUAAUCCGUACUGUGUAUUAAUUUGUAACAGAGAACAUGGAAACAAAGGAUGGUGAAGAAGAUCGGAUCAGCAAGUUAUCAAACACUCUUCUCAUUCACGUUCUCUCUUUCCUCGAAACCAGGUAUUCCGUAAGAACAUCCAUUCUAUCAACAAGAUGGAAAAAUCUGUGGGCUUGUGUUCCCAAUCUCACCUUCCACUUACACUCACCACCUUCCUAUGGAUUUUCCAACUUCAUCGACCGAGUACUCCUCCUCCAUGACUUGCCUCAAAUUCACACCUUCACUUUCACUUGUAAUUCUAUCUUCGAUAUCAAACCCAACCGUCUCAACUCUUGGAUCUCUUUUGCGAUUAAACGUCAUGUUCAUCAUCUUUAUAUCGAUUUCAUCCAUGGCUUGUUUUUUCGGCCUCUUAAUUUUCCUCUUAGCCUCUUCACUUGCGAAUCGCUUGUUGAUUUGACGCUAGGGUUUAACACUUGUAUUGUUUCUAAUCUCCCGGACUCCAUUUGCUUUCCCAAUCUCAAAUCGCUUAAAAUUUGGGUUGCCGAUCCUGAUGAUAGCUUGACGGAGAACCUCUUUCGUAGCUGCCCAGUGCUUGAAGUUCUAUUUUUACGAGCACGCUUGGAAUUGGAUAAGGACGAGGACGAGGACGAUGAAGUGAUUUUUAAUAUAUGCACACAAUCUCUCAGAGUUUUGAGAUUGUAUUUGGAGGCUGAUUCGUAUGAUGAGCGUUGUUGCUUUGGGCAUGAGGUUGUGAUUGAUGCCCCGGCUCUCGAUGAUCUUCUUCUUGAUGAUAAUUUUAUGGCUUGCUAUUCAAUAAACAAUGUAUCUUCUUCAUUGGCAAUAGUCCAUGUUGAUAUUGGGUUGUUCUUUUGGCCGAGAAUCGCUGAAUGUGAUUGCCAUAAUCGGGUUCUGGAGCUUCUUGGAGGAAUCUCAAAUGUUAGGUCCCUCUAUUUGUCUUCCACCACUCUCCGCGUUCUUGGCUAUGCUGAAGAUAAUGAUCAACUUACUCUUGGUAAUUUGACUCGUUUGGAAUUGGGUGUUGUUUAUUUGUCAAAGCUAUUGCUGGACUUACUUGCAAAGAUGCCUAAUCUAGAAUCUUUAAAGCUAAUAAUGGAUCAUCAAGCAGUUUAUCGCAACUGUUAUCAUGAGGAAGAAGAAGAGUUCUAUGAGAUUCAGCGGCCUCCAUGUUUGCUAUCACACUUGAAAGUAAUUGAAGUAGAUGACUUUGAAGGAUUGGAAAGUGAUUUGUUAUUGGUUGAAUAUUUUCUUAAGAAUGCAAAGGUAUUGAAUAAGAUGGUCAUUAAGAAUCAAAAUUUAGUUUCUGUCAAGGUGGAAGUGUUAAAGAGACUACUAAUGUUCCCUCGGGGUUCUAAGACAUGUGAAAUUGAAGCCAGAGAUUUAAUUGCCAAUCUUCAAGAAAUUCAAAAAUUCACACAACAUAAUGUGUUAGAUGUCACAACUAAGUACAAGCAUGAAGCUAACAAGAAGAGCCGUUUCGAGGAAUUUGAGGUCGAUGAUUUUGUUUGGGCUGUCCUCACCAAAGAUAAGUUCUCAACAAGCAAGUACAACAAGUUGGCUGCUCGAAAAAUUGGACCAUUACAGGUUGUGGAGAGAAUCCACCAAAAUGCCUAUAGGUUGAAGCUUCCUAGUCACAUCCGCACUUCCAAUGUGUUUGAUGUCGAACAUCUCAUUCCAUACUACGAAGACAGUUUUGAUGAAGAGCAUACAAAUUCAAGGGUAUAUUCUCUCAGCCGUGGGGAUAAUGAUGCAGUAUGUAUAGCAGAGAAGUACAUGACGACACGAGACCAUCGAAAAGCCCAUUAAGGCGCAAUGGGCCUGUCUGUUGAGUUUGUUCUGGCUCUAAGUUGAAGAAAAAAUAAAAGAUAUAUUUUCCAAAAAGCUCUCAACAAGAUCUACAAAAUCGAUGACAAAUGCCACCGACCUAGUGAAAUCAAUGUUGGAUUAGGAGGAAGAAGUGGACUUAAGGGGGAUGCAUUUGUGCCUCACCGUUUAAUGUCACACCUAAAAGUAAUUGAAGUAGAUGGCUUCGAAGGAGUGGAACAUGAAGUGCAAUUGAUUAAAUAUUUUCAAUAAGAUGGAAAUUUGGCAUCGGAAUUGAACUUCCACCGAGGUGAAAAUAUUAAAGAGACUACUAAUGUUCCCCAGUGGUUCUGAGACAUGUUAAAUUGAGUAUUUGGUAACCUGGAAUUCCUUGGAAUUGUUCCAUGAAAUUCCCUAUCCAUUAAUUUAAAAUUAAAUUUUAUAAUGUGAAAGCAGUUGUGUUGAAGGAUUGGAUCUUCUAAUUUAGAUCACAAUUAUUUUAAAUGAGUAAUUAAAGUGGCUGGACAUGGAUAAUAGAAAACUAUGAUAUCUGCCACACCUCAAGA